UUAGGAAUUAGUGAAAUAAAGAAAAGGUUAGUGAGCGAAAUUUAAUUAAAAAUCACAUUUUUGUCGAAUUUAAAGUCAGUUUUAGCGGCCACAAAGUUCAACAUACCCCAAAAGGCUUUGAACAUGAAUGAAGAUUAUUAUUUAAUUCUUGGCUUGGAAAGAACAGCUACGAUAGUUGACGUCAAAAAGGCGUACAGAAAGCUGGCCCUUAAAUGGCACCCUGACAAGAAUCCCACCAAGAAGGAAGAGGCUGAGAAAAAGUUCAAAGAAAUUUCAGAAGCAUAUGAAGUCCUAUCUGAUACCAACAAGAGAGAUAUCUACGACCGCUUUGGCAAAAAUGGCCUCAGUAACAACGGCAAUGCCCCGAACAGUGGAGGUGGGGCCAACUUUAGCCACUCCUUCCACCAUUUUGCCGGGCCCACUUUCCACUUUACAUUCCGUCGACCCGAAGACGUUUUCGCCGAUUUUUUCGGCGGUCGCGAUCCCUUUGAGGAGUUUUUUAAUAUCGCUGGCAUCCCAAGAAAUACAUUUGUCAUAGACCCAUUUGUUGAUAUGCACAAUAACAUGCACAGAAGAUCUCAUCACGCCAGGGUAGCACAGCAGUUGAACACUGCCAACAACAACAACAACAUCAACAACAACAACAGCAGCAUGAAUAUAAACAUCAACAACAACAACAAUGGUUUAGAUUCCCACCUAAUGCAGCAUCAUUUUACUCACAACCUCUUCCAUAAUGGUGGCAUGGGUAUGAUGGGCAUGACGUCAUUUUCGUCGUCAUCCGGAGCGCCUGGGAAUUUUAAAUCCACCUCGACCUCCACUAGGAUCAUCAAUGGCAAGAGGAUUGUCACUAAGAAGAUUGUGGAGAAUGGUUCGGAGACAGUCAUCAUUGAAGAAGACGGCGUGAUGAAGAGUAGGACAGUUAACGGUGUCAAUCAAUCCAUUACC